AUGUCGUUGAGAAUCACCCCAGUAUUAGAUGAAAUAAUUCUCACACCUAAUAGUACUCAUGAGUCCGAAAACCAAAAUACUGUACCAGAUAUUGGUAUUACAAUCGAUGAUUCCUCUCUCAGUUCAUCAGAAAAGCGAGAAGACGAUCAUAACCUUCUCACUUUAUUCUCAAUGCUAACAAGGAUUCAUGCAGGCUAUUUUAGAAUAAGCCUAUCUUUGUGUUGGGAAACUUUAUUAUGGAAAACACUACUCGACCCAACUAAUAACGAAACAAAAUUCUUACAUCGUGUCCCUCAAAUAAUCUAUCGUCCCAUUCUAAUAUUCUCAUGGUCGUUUGCUUUAUUGAUUCUGGUUCUACUUUCAGUACUCUACCUCUUGAAAUGCGUCUUUCGAUUUAAUUUAGUCAAAGGGGAGUUUCUACACCAUGUUGGUGUAAAUUACCUUUUUGCCCCUUGGAUUUCUUGGCUUAUUUUACUCGAAUCCUACCCUUUUAUUAUAGCUCCAAAACACGUUGGUUACAAAGCUCUUUGGUGGGUUUUUGCUGUUCCGGUUAUAAUUUUGGAUGUGAAAAUUUAUGGGCAAUGGUUCACUAAAGGGAAAAGGUUUUUAACAGCCGUGGCUAACCCAACGAGCCAUUUAUCGGUCAUUGGGAACUUAGUCGGGGCUCGAGCCGCGGCUAAAAUGGGCUGGCAAGAGGUUUCGGUUUGCUUGUUUUCAUUAGGCAUGGUUCAUUAUUUGGUCCUUUUUGUUACGUUGUAUCAGCGGCUAUCGGGAAGUGACCGGCUACCGGCUAUGUUACGGCCCGUUUUCUUCUUGUUCUCGGCUGCUCCGAGCAUGGCUAGCUUGGCUUGGGCGUCAAUUACUGGAACCUUCGAUACUACUUCGAAGAUGUUCUUCUUUCUCUCGUUAUUCCUCUUUACGUCACUGAUAUGCAGGCCAAGUCUUUUCAAGAAAUCAAUGAGAAAAUUUAACGUGGCAUGGUGGGCAUAUUCAUAUCCAGUAACACUAUUAGCAUUGGCAUCUACAAGAUAUGCAAAAGAGGUUAAAGGAAAAGUGCCACACACCAUAAUGCUAACUCUAUCAUCUCUCUCAGUUUUAGUCGUCAUUGCUCUAUUGCUCUCCACUGCUCUUUACUCGAAAAUCCUCUUACGUGAUGAUGAUCCUUCUCUCAAGCAUACUUGUUUAGCAGAGACGCAUUCAGAAUAUUAA